UUUUCUCUUGUAAUUAGUACUGCACUUCUCUAUGGUCCACACCUUCAAAUCACCGCAAGUCAUGCCAUGAUCAAACACUUUAGCUCCUUACAAUCUACAUAACUCUAUGCUCUCUAUGCUCUCUCACAGCUUUGUUCUUCCAUGGCAGCACCAAUGAUCCACUUGUUUUCCUCUUUGUUAUUGUGCAGCACUUUUCUGUGCUUCCUCCACUGCACAUUGUCCCUGCUGGACCCGGAGGAUGAGGCUGGGAUUCUGGUUCAACCUGAUGAUGUUAAGAUGGUCCAAAGCAGCAGAGAUUCUAGGAAGAUAUGUGACUUUUCUGUUGGAAAAUGGGUUUAUGAUGACUCUUACCCUCUCUAUGACUCUAAUUGUCCAUAUCUAAGCUCUGUAGUUACGUGUCAAAAGAAUGGUAGGCCAGAUUCUGAUUAUCAGAAGUGGAAGUGGAAGCCAACUAGUUGUACCUUGCCAAGAUUUGAUGCACUGAGGUUUCUUGGAAGAAUGAGAAGAAAGAGAAUAAUGCUGGUGGGUGAUUCGAUGAUGAGAAAUCAGUGGGAAUCUCUAGUUUGCUUAGUGCAAGGAGUUAUUCCAAUUGGUCGAAAAAGGGUGACUUACAAUGGACCUGCAAUGGCUUUCCAUGCCAUGGAUUUUGAGACUUCGAUUGAGUUUUUCUGGGCACCCCUUUUGGUAGAACUGAAGAAAGGUUCAGAAAAUAAGAGAGUUGUACAUUUGGAUUUGAUUGAAGAAAAUGCAAGGUAUUGGAGAGGGGUUGAUAUCCUUGUAUUUGACUCAGCCCACUGGUGGACUCACUCUGAUCAAACCAGCUCAUGGGAUUACUACAUGGAGGGAAAUAAUCUCAUAAGAAACAUGAGUGCUAUGGUUGCGUAUCAAAGAGGACUCAGCACAUGGGCAAGAUGGGUGGAUCAAAAUCUAGACCCUCUGAGAACAAAAGUCAUUUUUAGAAGCAUGUCAUCUAGGCAUAACAGAGAAAAUGGUUGGAAAUGCCACAAUGAGAAGCAGCCUCUUCCAUUUUUCAGUCACCUACACGUUCCUGAACCUCUGGUGGUGCUAGAAGGAGUGGUGAAGAGAAUGAGGUUUCCAGUGUAUGUGGAAGAUAUCACAAGAAUGACAGAACUACGCAGAGACGGGCACCCUUCAGUGUAUAUGAGAGUAAUAGGAGAAGAUGAGAGGCAGAAACAAGGAAAAGGUCUUUCUUCUGAUUGCAGCCAUUGGUGUCUUCCUGGGGUGCCUGAUAUUUGGAAUGAGAUGCUCAGUGCAUUGCUUUGACUAUAGCAAUGGACAGUGUGUAUAACAACUCAUACACAUCGUCUAGAGCCUUUCAUUUACUGUUGCUUGUUGCUGUUCUAUUUAUCAAUAUGUGUCAUUUGAUGGGAAAAUCUUUUUUAUUUUAAUUUUUACUUGAAAGAAUGAUUGACGAACUAUAGUUGAUUAA